AUGUCAUCUACUCAACGUCGUUGUGCUGCUUGCCAUAUGCUUGGACAUAGCAGAAGUACUUAUAAGCAAUGUCUCAUGAACCCAAAGAACAUUUCUCUUCACAUUCCUCAAAAGAGAACUAAUGUAGAUGAAUAUCCUGCAGAAAGUAGCCAAACUGCUGCCUUGAGAAUAAGAAGUGAGCCUGUCCAAGACCAAAAUUUGGACAUAGAAACAUCGACUUUUAUUUCAGUUUCUGAGUUGACUGAAUUUCCACUCGCAAAUGAGACUAUUACUGAAGUUCUUGAAGCAGUCAUGGAAGAAGAGAUUGAGGAGACUUCAUCCGAUGAAGAAGUGACUGGAAGAGAAGAAGAAGUCGAGGAGAUUUCAACUGUGAAUAGAGGAUCAAUUUUACCCCAUUGUCCUCACUCUAUUUCAGAACCAGCAGUUGAUAACAGGGGAGAUAUGGAUAUUGAGUGUCAAUUUUGUGGGGCAAUGAUGUGGGCACAUGAAAAAAACAGUCGUUCUUCUUUAAGAAGCCCCAUGUUCUCUAUGUGUUGUAACAAAGGAAAGCAUGUUCUCCCCCAAAUUGAGCCAACACCUACAGGAAUUGCUGAGCUUUUGAACUAUAGAACACGUGAUGGAAAGAAGUUUCUUGAAAACAUUCGAAGCUAUAAUAGUACAAUGAGCUUUACUUCUUUGGGAGCUAAAAUUGAUACCUCUGUUGGCAACAAUAUCAAUAGGGCAUACAACUUCCGGAUUCACGGAACAAUUUGUCAUAGAAUUGGAUCUAUUUUGCCAGUGACAGAAUCUGAUAUCGCUCACCCAAAAUUCGCUCAGAUCUAUAUUUAUGAUAGUGCUGCUCAGAUAGAUCAAAGACAGUACCAUUCCCCACAAUUGGAGAGAAGUGUUUUGGAGAAGAUUCAGUCCAUUCUUAUGGAAACAAAUCCAUUCGUACAUCUCUUCAGAACAAUGGAUCAAAUUUCUCGGGAAAAGGGACAAUCUAUAGAUCUCACUUUGCGUUUAGUAGCUGAGGGGCCUCGGGAUCAAAGACGGUACAAUGCUCCAACUGCAAGUGAAAUAGCAGUUCUUAUUAUGAAUAAUGAAGAGGGUACUUCAAGAGACAUUGUGCUGCACACCAGAGCCAACUUCCAACAGAACAUCAAUGAGUACCACCAAUCUUAUGAUGCUUUACACUAUGUGCUACUCUUUCCACAUGGUGAAGAUGGUUGGACCAUUGAUGCCAGCUCAUUGUCAGGAGAGCAUGUCACAGUAAUGCAAUAG